AUGCCUCUUACGUUUCCAUCAUCAGUUGCCAAAAAAGUUCGAUUAGCUCUACUACACAAAUGUAAUGGUAGUCGAAAAAGACGUGAUGAUAUUACGACAGUUGAUUAUAGUCAUGGAAAUUUGUCAUCUGUCCCAGAAGAUUUACUUCUUUAUGAAAAUACAUUAGAAGAACUUCAUUUAGAAGCAAAUUGUCUUCAAGAAUUGCCAAAAUGGCUAUUUCAAUGUCAUGCUCUACGUCAUUUACUUUUAUCUGAUAAUGAACUUGAUUGUUUACCACCAUCUAUUUCAAGUUUUACCAAUUUAGAACGUUUAGAUUUAAGCCGAAAUGAUUUAAUGGCACUUCCUGAUAAUAUUCGAUAUUGUAAAUUAUUGACCUCAUUGGAUUGUAGUUCAAAUCGAUUAGAAAGAUUAUGUGAAGGAUUGACAAUGUUAAUUAAUUUAAAAGAAUUAUAUCUCAAUGAUACAUUACUAGAAUUUUUACCUGGCAAUUUCGGGCGCUUAACAGAAUUAACGAUCUUGGAAAUGCGUGCAACACGUUUGCGACUAUUACCUGUCACGCUGCCAAAAUUAACAAAACUGGAACGAUUAGAUUUAGGUGCUAAUUCAUUUAUUGAAUUCCCUAUUGUUCUAAGCAAUCUCCCAUCUCUUCAGGAGUUGUGGCUUGAUUCAAAUAAACUAAUCUCAAUCGACGAUUCAAUUGAUAAAUUAACAAAUUUAAAAUUUCUUGAUAUAUCUCAAAAUCAAUUAACUGAAUUACCAAGUUCGGUGGGUGAUUGUAAACUAACUGAUUUAUAUUUAUCCGAUAACUUUCUUAUGAAUCUUCCGGAUUCGAUUGUCAAUUUAACUAGUCUAGAAACUUUAACAGCUAAUAAUAAUCAAAUUGAACGUUUACCGAAUAAUAUUGGACACAUGACAUCAUUAGUUGAACUACAUUUAUCGUUUAAUAAUUUAACAUCAAUACCAGCGAGUAUUGGUUUAUUACACAGUUUACAAUUUCUUACAUUAGAUCAUAAUCAAAUUCAAUCAAUACCAGCAACUAUUGGUAGCUGUUCAAGUUUAAGUAUACUUUCGUUACGCUCAAACUGUUUAGCAAGUUUACCAGAUGAAAUCGGCCGUUUAUCUUCAUUGAAAGUUCUUAACGUUAGCGGAAAUUUUCUUCGAUAUUUACCGUGUACGUUGUUAAAACUUAAAAAAUUACAAGCAUUAUGGAUGAAUGAAAAUCAAGCAAAACCUUUAAUUGCUUUCGAACAAGAACGCCAUCCAACAACUGGCCAACGUGUACUCACAUGUAUACUAUUACCACAAACUGAUCCUUCAAUGAAUCGAAAUACAUCAAAAAGUCGAUUUAUUGCCGAACAAACAAUUGAUUAUACUAAUCGUCCAACAACGCUUCGUUUUGCUAAUGAUACGAUUGACGAGCCACGACAACUUGUGCGAAAUCCAACACCGUAUCCAAAAGAAAUGCGAGCCUUCGCUAAUAUUCUUCGAAAUUAUAAUCAUAGUAAUCAACGUGAAAUAGUUCAAUCACCUAAAAAAUAUUCUUCAUCAUCUAAUCUAUUAAUGGUUUGUGAUGAAAUUCCACUAGAAAAAUCUUUUUAUGGAUGCGCAAAUUCAGCGUCCGUUGGCUCAAUGAAUUCUGAUCCGUUAUGUUGUCCUCUGGCACGCAGUCGUGAUGAUCUGUUAUUUAGUACUAGUCCAAUAGAUGAUAGAGAAAGAAUGCGUCCCGAUUUGUUACCUGGACAAGUAAACGAUAUCGAUGAAGUUAAAAGUAAUCACUCAUUCUAG